GGAGCAUGGCGGAGUCGCAGCUGCUUUGCCUGGAGGAUACUCACGUGAACGAACGGGUCAGCGAACACAAUCCGCGAUACUACUACAGCGAGGAGCAACGGCGGGCACUGGAGGUCCUCGUAGCCAACGGGGAGGAAGCGUACAAAUCGCACCUGAAGAAAGAGCAGCUGCCCGACUUCCUUGCCAGCCGGGAGUUGGAGUCCUUGCGGGGCGGCUGGCGUGCUUACGAUGCCCACCUGGAGAGUGGCGAAACGGUCACCGGACCCUCGGGAAAACCUCUGUCGCUGUCUUACUGGCCCGAACGCUCCGACACGGAGAUCCCCCCGCUGGACAUGGGGUGGACCCAUAACUCUUUCUACCGGGGAGCCACGCGCCUGGCUAUGUACACGCACCCGCGCAAGGAAGACGAGGCGCCUCACGUCAAGCAAGUGGUGCGUGAAACGAUCCAGCAAGCGAAGAAGAUAAUUGCAAUAGUCAUGGACCAGUUCACUGACAGAGACAUCUUCCGAGAUAUAGUAGAUGCAGCAUACAAGCGUCGGAUCCCAGUCUAUAUAAUCUUAGAUGAAGAGGGUUCUGCAUUCUUCCUGGAGAUGUGCAAAUGCAUGGGCCUAAAUGAUUUCCAUAUCAGGAAUAUUCGUGUACGUUGUGUGACUGGAGUUGGGUUCUACAUGCCAUCAGGGAAGAUCCAAGGCAAUUUAGCCUCUCGUUUCUUAAUGGUAGAUGGUGAAAAAGUCAUCACUGGAUCUUACAGUUUCACGUGGACCUCAUCCCACAUAAACAGGAAUAUGAUUUUGUGCUUGAGCGGACAGCAUGUUGAAAUGUUUGACACUGAAUUCCGUGAACUCUAUGCCAUUUCAGAGGAGGUCAGUCUCUACAAGGAACUGAACAUUCCCUGUCCUUUCCGUCACGGUAUUGGGAACCUUGGUUUUUCUUCCUCUACUGUGGCCCGGAAGGUUAUCAACCCAAAAUAUGGACUGGUGGUAGGUAUUCCUCCAGGAGAAAUGAUGCGCUGGGCUUCUCGUCAGAGGCAUGAGUCACAAGAGAAACUAGAAGGAAGAGAAGAAGAGAAUGAAUCAAAUAAACGACUAGAUAGUUUUCUUAAUGACCUUAUAAUGGUCAAGCAGAUGCUGCCGGAUAUUGAACCUCCACUUGAGGACUUGAACAGAGCAGAAUGGAGCCCUCAGAAGUUAUUAUCCCAGUUCCAUUUCAACCUGGAAUAUAAAUCCAAGUCCAAAGAGUCUGUCUGUGACCUUAGGAAGAAUGAAGUUGCCAGUAGGGAGGCCAGUUCCAAACAGGGUAAGAGGUUUGGCAGUGGAUUUUUCAGAAGGGCCAAGCGACCUCCACCCUUGAAUGCUGAUGCCAAUUCUGCUACUAGUGAGACUGCUGAAGACUUGAUGGGUGUGAAGGUACCAAAGGAGUGCCAUGCCAGUUUUCGUAGUACUGGAGGCAAUUCAGGUAAAAUGAGUCCAAGUUCUCUCCCAGAGGGGAAAAACAAACAAUCAGUCUGUGUGGUCUCAUGACUGAAAAAAACUACUGGAAUAUUAGAAUUCAGAGGGCAUCUCCUGGAAUAUACAAUAGUGCAUUCUUUCAAACCUUCAGUCUGACUUCCUCGUAAUGCUGCAUGUAACCCCUGCAGUGUUCAAGACAGAGCUGGUAUUGCCAGUUAAAGUACACCCAGUGAGUAAAGAAUAUGUUCUGCAAGAUCCAUGCAUGGUGGUAGCAAUAUUAAUUAAAUAAACAUGACAACUGGAUUUUGGAUUAAACUCUAUUGCAAUGUAGUUGUUGAAGCCUUGGGUGGCCUUAUAAACUUCUAAAUAAACAAAAUAUGUCAAGGA